AUGCCUGAGUUUGAUGAUGUUAUGCAGCUGUCCCAUUACAGGUCUCCACUCGAAUAUAACCCAGUAACGGUUAUUGACCGCUACACCGUAUUGUUGAAAGAUGGAGAAACAACUGCCACUAUAUAUCCGAUACUGACAUCUAACGAGUUACCACCAGGACUUUUGGCAUUUCUUUGUGAUGAGUUUAAUAUGGAGAUUGAAAGAGGAGAUACAUAUCCAUUUUUUGAUACUUUACAUAUAGAGCAGUUCCAAAACUAUUGGUUUGGAGCUUUUGCAGCUGUUAUGGUUUUAGGUGACUCAACAACCUUAGAGGGCUCCAGACAAUGGGAGAAGGAAUGCUUAGGAACAUUUUUCAUCAAGCCAAACUACCCAGGUCGUUGUUCUCACAUUUGUACUGGUAGUUUCUUAGUGAAUGCGGGUAUCAGAGGAAAAGGAAUAGGGAGAACGUUGACUGAUUGCUACUUACAAUGGGCUCCGAAGCUUGGAUAUAGUUAUUCAAUUUUCAAUUUGGUUUUUGAAACCAACGUUGCUGCUAGACGUAUUUGGGAGUCUUUAAACUUCAAAAGAGUAGGAAGGGUGAAAUCUGCAGGUAUUUUAAAGGGACAUGACACAGCCGUUGAUGCCAUUAUGUAUGGAAGGGAGCUUAUAAAUAACUCAGAUCCUGCUAUUGGGGCUUAUCGUUUUGAUAAGAUCAAAUUCUAUUUAGAGACUGGUAGAUAUCCUGCUAUGGCAGAUAGACAAGAAAAAUCAAGAUUACGAUCUUCGGCAUCCCACUAUAGAAUUGAGAAUGGUAAACUAAUGCUCAAAGGAAGAGAAGUGAUUAGUGAUCCAGUAAGACAGUUGCAGAUAUGUACCGAAGUACAUAUGUCAAAUCAUGGUGGUAUCAACAAGACGACUGCUGUUGUAACGGAGAAAUAUCACUGGACUCGAAUCAAAGAUACCGUCGCGACGGCAAUAAAAAACUGUCCAGAAUGUAGAGAUCUGUCAAAGGAGGCACCAUUGAUUAAACGCUCUUCAAUUCCUAAGAAAAUGGCCACGGGUAUCCUGAUUAGGGAUAGGAACAAUAAAGUUUUGAAUUCACAGCCAAAUAACCCGAACGCUCGCUCAAUUAGAGCGAGGUCCAAUCAUGAUGACGUAGAAGCGAUCGUUGCUGCUGCUCAGUUGCAUAACUUACCGUCACAUAGGCAUGAUACGGAGAGUUUAUUAGGACACGACUUGUCCGGCUUGGACGAUAAUAUCAUUGCGGCUGUUGAAGAAGCACAAAGAUCGCAUCAAAAUCAACAUCAUAAUCAACAAACCCAUCCAAGCUAUGCUGCAGCUGCGGCUGCAGCUGUAUCAGGGCCAAAUCACUAUCAAGACUACCAGAAUGAAUACACUAAUCACCAUGAAUACGAACAUGAUGAUCCAAGCACCUCUCGACAAGAUGAUAAUAAGCAUCAUCGUAAUUCCAAUAAUAAUGACAUACCUGUUGAUCCAGAAGUGAGCGCCUUUGAUCAUAAUGUUGGUUCUGGUGGUGACGAAAUAGAGAUCGCUAGAGCAUUAAUUCAGGCUAAUGAAGAUGUCCACGGUCGUAAUCAAGAGCAUAAUAAUCCAAAUUCAAACAAAAACACGGACCUUCAAGGCAGUAAUAGAUCCAACGGUGACACUAGCAUGUUUUUCAAAGAAAACUAA